GUACUCGCCACUAAAAGAAACGACGAAAAGUAGGAAACGAAGAAGACGACAAUCUCAGACGAAGUAGAAGUUCCUCGAUGAAAGCGUAAAAUGUCGAUCGUUUUUGUGCCCCAGAAACUUCGCGGUACUGCCAAAAUCAACCAGGAAACCAUACAGAGGCUGCUGGACGAAAACGACCAGUUUAUACGAUGCAUUGUCGAGUACAUGCACAAGGGACGAGCCGUGGAGUGUGUCAAGUACCAGCAAUUCCUGCACCGUAACAUCGUGUACCUGGCAACCCUGGCUGACGCCAGCCCGCCAGACAACGUGCCUUCCUCCCCGUCUUGGCCAACUUCCGACCAAAGCUCCACCUCCAUGCAGCCGAGCGCCAACACCAAUGAAGAAAGUUGACACUGACCCUAGAUGUAUUAUUAUUAUUUAUGUCAUGCCACAUCCUUCUGCCUCAUUAGAUUUAUUUUGCACAUCAUUUGAAGGAGCAUCGCGGUCACACUGAAAUGAUUUAGUUGAAAUGGUACAAGAAUGUCACUUUACCUGAAUAAAGUCAUGAUUAUGUGAAGAAAAAUGUU